AUGAAAGCUGGUGGUUUUCAGUAUACAGGAGUAGGUGAUACUGCUCGAUGCGAUAUAUGUGGCCUUGAAGUGUCUCGAUGGAUUAGAGAGAUGGAUCCAUUUUAUGUUCAUCUCGAACGUAAUCCGAAUUGUUCAUUUGUUCGUUCUGUACAAUCAAAAGAUCAGUUGACACUUGAUCAGGAAGAAAAGCCGGCCAAACGACAGAAGUCACAAUUAAACACCGAGCGCUGUAAUCGACAGAACAAAGUGGUUGAGCUAGAUAUUCUUAAACAAGUGCGUCAACGAACAUUUUCGCACUGGCCACAUGAUACAGGGCUAACGAAGGAACAAAUGAUCAGUGCUGGAUUUUUCCAGUGUAAUGUUGGAGAUCGUGUUAUUUGUUUAUAUUGUAAUCUUAUUUGUCAGCAAUGGGAAGGGAGUAUGGAUGAACCAGUUGAAGUCCAUAAAAAGCUAUCGCCGAUGUGUCCUUAUGUGCGAUCAAUGCUAACACAAACAGAAUCUUCUUCAGUUUUGAUUGUAAAUGAAAUAUCAAAGGAUACUAAUGGUAAUCAAACAGCUGCAUUGAGUAAUACCAAUCACCUUCGAUUCGAACAACUUGUUUAUACAUCACCAUCCCAUAUUAGUUAUAGUAGUAUUCCAAGUCGACGAGCAACUUUUGAGACAUGGACCGAUCAAUCAUCACCUUCUGUUGAUGAUUUGGUUACAGCCGAUGAUGAUUUUGUCAGCGAUUGUGAUCUAUUCAUCGCUUGCGUCAUUCUUCAAAAACAAAUCGAACAUAUCAAUGGAAAUAAAGAUAAGAUCAUCGUACCAAGUAUUAAAAUGAGAUUAAUUCGUGACCGAGAACAAUCUGAUAAUUUAGUCGAAAAACAGCUUGUCUCACCAUCACUUUCAACGACGUUAACAAACGAUUCAAUAAUUAAAGCAAAUGAUACAUCAGUACGAGCAUCAUCUGUAGCGGAGCCAAUGAAUAUUGACAUCGUUCAUGAACUUCCAAAAGCUGAAGAACCUAUUUCAGAAAUUAAACCAUCAGUAAACAAUCCUUGUGUUAUGUGUUGGCAAGAAGAGAAGCGUUUGGCUUGUAUACCAUGUGGUCAUUUAGCCGCUUGUGUUAACUCAAAUCGCAUUUCCACUGAUGAAGAUAAAAAAGCACUUUUUCUUUGGUCUGUUGGUGAUACAACAUAUAAUUUACUAGAAUCAUUGAUCUCAUCUCGAUCAUUAACUGGUGAAGAUACAAAGUUCAUCGAUUUAAACAAGUUGUUAGAUGCUCAUUAUGAUGCAACAAAAAAUAGUAUGACGUCCACAUAUGAUUUCUACUCAUGUUAUCAAAAAUCAGGACAAACAUUCGCCCAAUGGAAAGCUGAAUUAUGUGAUAAACUACGCCAUUGUGGAUUUACUACAUCUGCAUUAAAAGUUAAACCACAAGACCAUGCACUUCGAGAUAUGUAUGUUAUUGGAAUUAAAAGUCAAAAAAUUCGACAAGCAUUACUCUAG